CUCAUCUACCGCUCUCUCCUCUUGUUGCUGAAUCUAUGUUAAUCAAACCAAAAAAAACACCACAAACAUCUUAAAAAUCUCGGCAAUCUAACCAAGAAAUAGUCAAUCCUAGAAUCGGAAAACUUAAUCGGAACCCUAACCACACAACCGGAAAGUAGUAAAGCGAGAAAAGUGUCUCCUUUUCCUUUCCCCUUGGAUUUUUGUUUCUUCUCGACGACAUCGUCUUCUCCGUCAGUUUUAAUUUUCUUCGUCGCCGAUUUUGUUCGUCGUCUUCUCCAGUGAAACUAGAUCUACUUUUACUCACGAUGAAAAAAAAAAUAAAGUUUUAAUUUUUUGUUGGGCACAAGAUAAAAAAAAAACUAAUUUUAACUCUUAUACGUGUCCACCUCAUAAACUCCUGCAUUUUUAAAUUUCAAAUCUCAUAACUAGUCUAACUAGAAUUUAUUUGUCCAAUUACCAAAUUACCCAUACUUGGUUUACCUUUACAAAGGCCAAAUUGGUCUUCAAUCACACUAAAUUACCUCACUAGCACAUUGUGAUCUACAAUGUAAUUAAAAGAUGGAAAGUGACCUGCACUGAAAAUAACUCUUUAGAUUUCAAUGUGUAGAAACUUUUGGUGGAAACUUUCAGACACCCAACUAAGGUCGAAUUUUACAAAUUACAAGAAACGUAUUUAGAUUUCAAUGUGUAGAACGAUAACUCAUAUUUAACAGACAGCCAAUCUCUAACGUGAACACAUCAAUUAGAAUAUUGAUUUACAUAAUUGUUCAAGUCUCUAACAAAUCCAUGCCAAUAGUAGUGGAGACUCUGGUUUGCAAAUUGCAACUGGUGAAUGCAAAUAAGUAAAUGGCUGAAAUAUACAGGUAAUACCCUAAUACAAAUUCAAACAAUCAGAUAUGUAAUGAUGCUAUCAGAGGAACUGAAAAUGUAUAGCCUCAUACCUAGCUCAAAAUUGCUCUCAGAAUCUUAGACAACUUACACAAGAUUGUCACCAAAAAUGAAUAUUGUUGUUACAGUUCAUUCUUGCAAAUAGUCAUUUAGUAUAAUUAAAUGAUUUAUUAACUAAGAGAAAGAAGCAUUAUAAUAUAUGCUUAAUUUGUAGACAGGCAACUUCUGUCAUCUUCCUAUGAUUUAGAGAAAAAUGAAUAUGGACACUAAAAUGAAGCAUUAUUCCAAAGAAUGUUACUACUAUUAGUUUAUAGUUUCUGUAGAUAAACUAAACUAUUAGUGAGUUGAAUAUUUCGGUGAACUAUUUGAUGUUCUUACGUGCGUGCACAAACCACAGACCUGAAUGCCGACUUCCUAAUUCAUAUAAACUAUUAUUAGAUAAUUCUACAUUUGUGUUUAUAUCAGUGUAUGAUCUCGUCUUCUGUAUGUACUAUAGUUUACUUAGCGUACAUACUGUGAAAUUUAAUCUAGAAAAUUAGAGGCCAGUGAAGCAAAAGGCUUAGUCAAAAAUGAAAAAAAUAAUAUACAACAAAGGGGCAAAACAAUGUAUUCAUGAUGAGCUAGUUUCACCUUCUUUAAGUAGUGCUUCUCCUCCUCACAGCCUCUCCAACCAUUGAAGUGGUAGAGAACGGGAGUGAGAGAGAAUCCCUCCACAUUCUCUAAUAGUUUUCUGUAUGUUGCUCUGCUUGAUUUUAUAGAUACUGAGGUUUCUUGGUAUACAAGUGAUAGAUUUGUUCACAAAGAGACCAUAAACUCAUGUUUUGUUCUGCUUUCAGGUUUUGUCGAUUUGAGGAGUUACUAAAGAGAUGGCGUCAUGGACAUCAUCCCAAUUCCUGUAUGAAGAAACCAAACCAUGCGGUAUUCAGUUCCUGGAACGUUUCAAGCGUUCAGGAAGACUCUCCUUCAAGCAAUACCAAGCCCUUGUCUUUACCCUAACCUUCGUCGCUUACAUCGCCUUCCACGCUGCUAGAAAGCCUAACAGCAUUGUCAAAGGCACCCUUUCCGCGUCAACAGUCAGAGGCGGCUGGUCUCCCUUUGAUGGACCAGACGGAACAGCCUUGCUAGGACAAAUCGACUUGGCUUUCCUCUCUGUCUACGCGGUUGGGAUGUUUGUAGCCGGUCACUUGGGAGACCGUCUGGAUCUCAGGACGUUUCUGACCAUCGGUAUGAUAGGCACCGGCCUUUUCACAGCUCUCUUUGGGGUCGCCUUCUGGGCCAACUUCCACAGCUUCUACUAUUUCUUGGGGGUUCAGGUUCUGGCUGGGUGGUUUCAGUCAAUAGGUUGGCCUUGUGUUGUGGCCGUGCUUGGUAACUGGUUUGACAAGAAGAGAAGAGGGAUGAUUAUGGGUGUUUGGAGUGCUCACACUUCACUUGGUAACAUCACAGGCUCUCUACUCGCAUCAGGUCUGCUUAGGUUUGGGUGGGGUUGGUCGUUUCUUGGACCGGCUUUGCUCAUAACUUUCCUCGGUCUCGUUGUCUACUUUUUCUUGCCGGUGAACCCUCCAACCGUUGGUGCUGAGAGAGAUGGAACUGAAGUUGACUCCACAAUGAGGCUUGGUGACACCAUUACAGAGAGCUUCUUGGGGUCUAGAAUGAGUACUGGCUUCGAUAGAAAAGCAAUAGGGUUCAUGGCUGCUUGGAAGAUCCCUGGUGUUGCUCCUUUCGCCUUCUGCCUCUUCUUCACUAAGUUGGUCUCUUACACUUUCCUCUACUGGCUUCCUUUCUACGUCAGCCACAACAUGAUUGGAGGAGAGUACCUGUCCGAAGAGACAUCAGGAAACCUGUCAACACUCUUCGACGUAGGAGGCGUGGUGGGAGGAGUCUUAGCCGGAUACAUCUCUGACCAGCUCGACGGCAGAGCCAUCACAGCUGCAGGAUUCAUCUACCUAGCCAUCCCAGCCCUCUUCCUAUACAGAAUCUACGGACACAUCUCAUUGACAAUCAAUAUCAUCCUCAUGUUCACGUCAGGAGUCUUUGUGAACGGACCUUUUGCUCUCAUCACAACAGCUGUCUCAGCUGAUCUCGGUACACACAAGUCUCUCAAAGGCAAUGCAAGGGCUUUGGCUACGGUUACAGCUAUUAUAGACGGUACAGGAUCAGUUGGUGCUGCGAUUGGACCGGUUUUAACCGGUUACAUCUCAGCGAUUAGCUGGGAUGCAGUGUUUUAUAUGCUGAUGACUGCUGCUUUUAUAUCUGGUUUGUUGCUUACUAAGCUUAUUGUAACGGAAGUGAAAGCUAUGUUGUACGGAUCAUCUGAUGAAGGUGAAGCGGCUACUUCUUCGUCGCCAGCAACCAGAGCUCCCAUUGAUGUUCUCCUCUAAGUUUUUUUUUUGUUUGUUGGUUUUUUCUCUGUUUUUCUUUGAUAAUUUUUCAUUACAAGUGAGAGACUUUAUGUUGUUUUUUUGGUUUCUUAUUUUCUUUGAUCAAUGUCUAAAGUUUUAACCUUUGAAUGAGAAUAAAAGUUACGUUCGCUAAUUUAAGAA